AUGGCCGGGGCUAAGAAACCAGUCAAUAUCUUUCGACUGAAAAAUACUGGCGAGCCGAGCCAAAUUUUCAACUGGAGACUAUGGUUCGCUGUCAUUUCAUUUGGUCUUAUGGGUGCCGCCCGAGGUGUCGAUGAAGGCUUGAUAUCGGGCGCGUUCAACUCGAAGGAUUUUCAGAAAUACAUCAACUACGACUCUUACAGUGAAGUGGAAAAGACGAACAUCAAAGGAGAUGUUACCGCCAUGGUGCAGAUCGGUUCUGUCGGUGGGGCUCUUUUUGCAUUCUUAGUUUGUGACCGUAUUGGCCGUAUCUGGGCUACUCGCCAGCUUUGCGUUCUUUGGAUUAUUGGAAUCGCUAUCUUCAUGGGAAAUGGUGGUAGUUUGGGUGCUGUUUACGCCGGGCGGUUUAUUGCUGGACUGGGUGUUGGUCAAACUGUUGUGGUGGCCCCUGUUUAUCUCGCUGAGAUCGCACCUGCUUCCGUCCGAGGUCUUUGCACCUGUGUGUUCACUGGCUUCGUCUACCUUGGUAUCGUGCUGGCCUACUUUGCAAAUUAUGGCUGUGAGCUCAAUAUCGGCGAUACAACUCAUAACCGAUGGCUUGUACCGACCAGUAUUCACAUAAUGUUCGCAGGAAUCAUCUUCAUCCUCUCAUUCUUCCAAUACGAAUCUCCUCGUUAUCUUGUGAAGCGAGGCCAACACGAAAAGGCGAUCGAAAAUCUCUCAAAGCUCCGUGGUCUUAAUCCAGAGCAUGAGUACGUUGUUAGCGAAUUCACUGCCAUCCAAGCAACACACGAAGCCGAGCUCGAAGCCACUAUGGGAUCCGGCCCGAUCGGUGUGAUCAAAGAGGCUUUCUGCGUCCCAUCGAACCUUUACCGUGUCUAUUUGACAUUUAUGGCGCAAAUCCUGUCCCAGUGGUCUGGUGCUGGUAGUAUUACUGUCUACGCACCGGACUUAUUCAAAUUGCUCGGUAUUACAGGCAGUAACGAGAGUCUGCUCGUCAGUGCGAUUUUCGGAAUUGUUAAAUUGGUCGCAGCGAUUGCUUGUACCCUGUUUCUGGUCGAUGUUAUCGGACGUAAACGUGCUCUUCUCAUCGGCAUUACACUCCAAGCCAUCUCAAUGGUAUACAUUGCUGGCUUUUUGAGUGCUGUUCCUGAAAUGGGUGUCGUCGAUGGCUUUGAGCUACCAGCAAACAAAAAGGGUGCCAGUGAAGGUGCGAUUGCAAUGAUCUAUCUCUCGGGCUUUGGAUGGGCCCUGGGAUGGAACUCUAUGCAGUAUCUUUUGACUGCAGAAUUGUUCCCACUGCGGAUUCGUGCCCUUUGCACUUCUAUGGCGAUGACUUUGCAUUUUGCGAAUCAAUAUGGCAACGCGCGCGCCGUGCCUAAUAUGCUUUUGCCUACCUCCCAGGAGGAAUUGACCCCAAGGACGGCUGGUCGCUCUUUGGAGAGUAUGGAUCGUCUCUUUGCGUUGCCGUGGUACAAGAUCGGAAGAUAUGGAAAUAAAGAUGCCGAUGAGCGUGAUCAAUUUGUUGAAGACAAGAUGGAAAUGGUUGCUCAAUCCCAAGGAACAGCUGAACAUUCCGAGCGAGUCGAUAAAGUCGAUCCUUCAAGCCGCGUGUGA